UCUACCCCAGUUGAAACUGAACCACGCGGCGGUAGGCUGUGUUUACCUACCUCACUUUGGUACAUAUUUAUUUUAUUUAUUAGAAUAUUGAAUUAAAUUAAGUGACUGAAAACUUGACGGAUGACUUUCGUAGCAGUGAAAAAGCUCUGAAAGUUGUGAACUUUUAUAAAACGUGACAAACGUGCAAACACUGAAAAAACUCAUUUGGAAUUCCAAAAUGAUGAAGUAUUUCCUCCAGCUAUGUUACUGCCUACUGCUGAGCGCAUGCGCCGCGCUCGCAGCGCCGGGCAUCUUUGAUGACUUGGGCCGUGGCCUGCAGAAGGAGGUGGCGGCCGCCAAGAACCCUGUCUACAAUACCCUCGCCUUCAUCGGCUCCAGCCAGUGUUCCCAUGUCAAAAAGUUGGCUGGAGUCGCGUACGAGCAGAUUGAGGGAGAGAAGGAGCCAGACCUGGACCAGCUCACACUGAAAUAUGUCUCCCACGCCAUAAACGUGUCUUUCAACAUCAACACGCUGAAGGACAUCCCGCUGGCCCAGGACGAGAAGCUGGUCAUAUUCCUCCACGGGUUCAUGGACGACCCUGGCUCGAACACCUUCAAGACUGUCAGCGAGGCGUUCUAUAAGAAAGGCAAGCACAACGUGUUGGCGCUGGACGCUAGCCCGCUGAUCCACUGGCUCUACCUUCGAGCCUCCACCUACGUGCGCUUCAUAGGGGAGAAGCUCGGCGCCAUGCUGGCACAGAUGGCCGAAGCCGGCUACGACCCGUCGAACUUCUACAUCGUCGGGCACAGUCUGGGCUCGCACAUCGCCGGGUUCACGGGCAAACAAUUCACCGGGCUCACCGGGAGUCGGGUCGGCCGGAUCACCGGGCUAGACCCGGCCGGGCCCUGCUUCUCGCACGUCGAUGAUGACGUCAGGCUGAACUCGACGGAUGCGGAGUUCGUGGACGUGAUCCACACUGAUGCAGGCGUGUUCGGACUUAAACAGCCUAUUGGGCAAGUGGACUACUACCCCAACAGUGGGUCGCUGCAACCCAACUGCCUAUGGGAGACGUGCAGCCACAGCCGCGCGUGGAGGCUGUUCGCCGAGUCGGUGCUGAACGAAGCCGCCUUCCCCGCGGUCAAGUGUGAGAGCUGGGAGGCGUUCUCUAAGAAACGAUGCUCCAAUGAAGUCAGUUACAUGGGAUUCCCCUCCCAACCUGGCACUACGGGGCUCUACUACCUACAGACAGGGGAAGUCAGCCCGUACGGGCUCGGAAUGAACGGGACAGUAUACGUCAACAAUGAGGGCAUCGUCAGGAACAUCUUGAAAGGGUAAAUCUGGUCAAACAGGGGUAGAAAGUGUUGCCAUGCAAAAAAAAAAUCCAGUCAGUGAACAAAUAUUAAUUUAAAUCUUCUUUUAAACUUUCAGCAAGCCUUUUACAAUAACAAGUAUUCUCAUAGCUGUGGCAAAUGAUAAACCAAUUUAUUGGCAUAAAACGAUUUAAAUUGACUCGUAUGUGUUAAAACUGCAACGAAAAUCAAAACAAUAUUUUUCUUAUAUUAAGUGACAUUUAUACGUAUUACCUCAAUAAAGCAAUUAAUGUUUAUUUAUUUAUUUAUUUAAAACUGUAAUAUAUCAAAGUACAAAAUGUAUUUUAUAUCUGCUAAUCUAACGCCCGAUUCCCAUAUUCAAUCCUUGUCCAAAUCCGGAUUACAACUGUCAAAUUGAAUUCAGUUUUAGAUUAUAUUUCCAAAAUUUUCGAUGCAUUUACACUUUAAUAUUGUUUAAAUAGUCUUAUAAACAAUAUAAAAAUGUAAAAACAUCAAAAACCGCAGUUAUUUUGGCCAAAAACAUAUUAAAAUUUGACAGUUGACAAUCCAAAUCCGUAUAAUUUGGAUUAAGAUUGAAUAUAGAAAU